CUCACAGCUGGAAAUGUACUGCCAAGAAAACAGAAGAGAGGGGGCGGACAUGGAAGCUGUGGGUGAAAGGCUUCCUUGAGACCCUCAGCACAGCUGGAAGCAAUCCUUAGCCUACCUCGAUCCAGACUAGUAGAGUCUCAGGAGCAGCAGGAUCUGCAGAAGGGUCACCUACAACAUGUCUCUCCAGAAAGACUCCACAAUGAAAAAAACAACCCACAGUUGCUUCUUACUGAUUAUCCUUCUAAUUAGAAUGGUUCCAAGUCUUACUUCUACUGUAAAUUACACUGAUCCUACAUUAGAGCCUGUAGUAACUGAAAAUUCAGUCAUACGACAGAAGAUAAUAGAUUCGCAGUUCAAAUGUUAUGAGAGGAUGAACAGAGCUCCUCCAUAUAGGAAAAAAGGUCUGUUCUGUAACCGAACCUGGGAUGGAUGGUUAUGCUGGGAUGACACACCUGCUGGAAGAAUCACUGCUCAGAAUUGUCCAGAUUACUUUCCAGACUUUGAUCCAACCGAAAGGGCUUCAAAAUAUUGUGAUGAAACUGGAAACUGGUUCCGCCAUCCUGAGAGCAACCGAACUUGGUCCAACUAUACUUUGUGCAACUCUUUCACUUCUGAAAAAUUGAAGAUGGCAUUCAUACUUUAUUAUAUGGCGAUCGUUGGCCAUGCUUUGUCUAUAACAUCCCUGUUGAUUUCCUUGGCGAUUUUCUUCUAUUUCAAGAGCCUCAGCUGUCAAAGGAUAACACUGCAUAAGAAUUUGUUUUUUUCUUAUGUGCUGAACUCCAUGUUUACAAUUGCCCACCUCAUUGCUGUUGUGCCUAAUCCAGGCCUUGUAAAAAGGGAUCCUGUAAGCUGCAAAGUGCUGCAAUUCUUUCACCAGUACAUGUUGGGUUGCAACUACUUCUGGAUGCUCUGCGAAGGCAUUUAUCUUCACACUUUAAUUGUGGUGGCCGUAUUUGCUGAAGAGCAGCGUUUGCACUGGUAUUACCUUUUGGGCUGGGGGUUCCCUUUAGUGCCAGCAUCUAUUCAUGCCUUUGCAAGAGCCAAAUACUUCAAUGACAACUGCUGGAUGAGCGUUGACACUCACUUGCUCUAUAUUGUUCAUGGACCUGUAAUGGCCGCUUUAUUGGUCAAUUUUUUCUUUUUGCUUAACAUUGUCCGAGUUUUGGUGACAAAGCUAAGAGAUACCCACCGUGCUGAGUCUAACAUGUAUAUGAAAGCUGUCAGAGCCACUUUAAUCCUGGUGCCUUUACUAGGAAUACAGUUUGUUAUUAUUCCCUGGAGACCAGAAAACCGUCUUGCCGGAGAAAUAUAUGAUUACAUCAUGCAUAUAUUAAUGCAUUACCAGGGCUUGCUUGUUGCAACUAUAUUCUGCUUCUUCAAUGGUGAGGUACAAGGAGCUUUGAAAAGACAAUGGGCACAGUAUAAAACCCAGUGGGGACAAAGGCGCCGAGAGCACUGUUCCACACGAUCUACCUCCUACACCGCAACAUCAAUCACAGAGGUCCCUGUUUACUUGUACCAUCAUGAUUCCAACAACGAACAGUUAAAUGGAAGAUACAUAGAUGACUCUGAACUUGUUGCAUUAAAAUCUGGAGAGACAUCUGCCUAGCUCAGCAGCAAUUACCGCAAACUCAUUGUUUCGCAUUCUGCUUGUGAACGAAGUGGGGAGAAGGGUGGAGUGUGGAAAUCCAGACCAUCGCGGGAGAGGGCAUGACCAGAUGACAAGACACAUUAUAUUCAAAUCACAUCAGCCUUUGCCAGGGACGGCGUAGAGAGAGUCCGAUGCAGAGGUGGGAACAGCAAUCCAUCUGACCAGCUGCAGCAGGGGCUCAACAUGGAACUGCUCACCAGGCUACGUAAUUUUCACACUUCCUGGUACCCGCUAUAUGAAGUGACUAUACGACAGUAAUAACAGUGUCAGGUGGCCCAUAGAAAAUAGAAAAGAAAGAACCAGUACAUGACAUUUGCAAACUUUUUGCACUUUUUGCUUUAGGUACCUUUUUUCAACCCUAGAUUUUGAACCGUCAACUCUAACAAGCCAUAACCAGCUUGGAAUCCUUUCCUUUUCCCUUUUUGACAAACCUGAUGCCCUCUUAAAAAUUUUUGCACUUUUUAAGACAAAAAGCGAUCAUUCUAAAGUAUCCAAAUCUUGAUGAUUUGGAAAGGAUACCCAAAAUAGUACCAUCCCCUUAGCAGCUGCAUAAAACAAAUGAAGGUAAAUUAGUAGUUGCAUAACAAAUUCUCAGUCAUCAUUACAGAAACAUACUAAUUCUUUAAACUGCCUCACAAAAGUCCUGAAGACAUCUCAAAAUAGCUUUUAUUUAACAUUUGAUAAUUCCUUAAGAGAAAAAGCUAUCACUGUAUUACUCUGCCCAGAAACUUCAUCAUUUAUGCACAAUUCUUUCACUCCAAAUAAACAGUGAAAUUUGUUUGGAAAUGAUGAUUUUCUCUCAUAGGCAUUCUGAGGUGAAUGCUAGAUGAGUGCUUGCCUCUGAUAAAAUUAUAGCCAUGGCAGUAAAUAAUCCCAAGAAAGAAAUAAGGAACUAAUGUCACAGCACAAGAAACAUGUAUUUUUAGAACCCGGUUGCUGCUGUGACUCCCUGGUAGCUGAAGGUAACAACGUCAUGUGUGAGUCUGUCAUCAGGAAAACAUGAUGAAUGUACAGUCUUGUCAGUAAUAAGCACCUUUUAUCACACAUUCAAAGCAUCAUUAGUCUCUGUAUGAUUACCGAGCCAGAAAUAGGGCCAGGGAGAAGCUGAUUUGCAGUUAGAAGUUAUAGUACUGGCCCUGCACAAGUUCUGCAGAUCACUAAAGGAGUAGAUGAAUGACCCACAUAAAGCUAAAUGGUAAGAAUCUGCAAGCAGAAUGGCCAGUUCCAGGAGGUUUUGAAUACCUGUCACUGCUAGAGUUUUGUUCCUAAAACUUUCAAUGAGUGUAAUGUCAUUCUUUCCUGCAUCUCUUUGAAAGACCUUUCCUACUGAUCUCCCACUCUUUCGCCUUUGGUUUAGACAAGCAUGGGUUAUUUCAAAUGCUGACAAUGUCAAGGUAUGCAUCACAGCCUUUACCUUUGAAGGAAGCUGGAAAGUUAUCCAUCCCCCUCUGUUUUCCCUACUAAUCCACUUACAUUUGACGCUUCAACCCCAGCCCAAACAGGGAAAUAUAGUGAGAGAAAGCAGUUGCAAGGGCCAGUUUUGGCACUUGAUCAUCUCAAAUGCCUAGGUAGCAGCCCUCAUCUUGGAGUUGUUAAAAUGCCAGCCUAUAUAAGAGGAAUAAGAGGAGAAGGAAGGAAUAGGAUACUUUUCUCUUAAGCUGCAAUUCAACUAAUGUGGGAAUUUUUUCACAGCUGUAAACUUUUCUCUCUUUCCUUCACUUACCCACUGAGAUUCCAUUCACAAUAAUGUUUCUUCUUAGCAUUGCAUAACGUACUUAAAGUCCAAGUAGUCAGAAUAUUCUUAAAUUCAGAUCUUGUCAAAUAGCAAAAAAGAAAAGAAAAUCUGAAAUAAAAUGCUUGAGCUAAAUUUAAACUUUAAAGAUUAAAAAUAGAGGCCAUGAUCCUGCUGGUUAUGCUCUGCUGAAGAAGGGCUGAAGGGCAGAUUUUAUAUUCCACAGCAUAAAGUGCUAAAAUAAAUCCUACCAUAAACCUUCAGAUCCCAUUAAAAUUAUCAGGCUACUGACUUAAAUGUUGACUUAAAUUGGUGUUAACCUGUGUUGGACAACUCUGUUCAGUGUUUAGGAACAACUUCUGCAAUGCAGUUCAGUGUAGACCUUGAAAGCUGGAGACAGUUUCAUCCUUAGUGAUUUGGAACCAACUUUAAAUGCUGUAUUCAGCUAGGCUUAGUUUUUCCUUCACUGACACAGUUAAACCUUAAGCUUUACUGGUCAUCAGUAAAUUUUAAAUGGAGGUCUGCUGUACAUAUCCACCUACAUGAGUCAUCAUCUAACCAGAAAAGUCUCUUUGAGGAAUGAGCUCAUGAGGGAAAGGUGUAACCCAGCGUUAGCAGAGGGGACUGAAUUCCCUCUGCAGGUACACAAGGCAAUGCCCCACGAUGAAGGCGUUUGCUCCGUUUGUGCUGCAGAGGCACAUACCUCGCUGCUGCACAUCACUGACGCUUUCUCCCCAUUUUAGAGAGUGAGUUGCCAAUGCUGCGACAAUCGAACAAGAGAGCAGAGCAGGGGAACAAGAACUAACUGCCCACUGACGGUGCAAUUCAUAGCAUGAUCAACCUAGUGGAAUAUUUACAAGAAAACACAGUCCUGUGUACUCAUUCAAGCCACAUGUCUAUUUUUCAGACUUCAAGGAAUACGAAGGCAGUUAUUUUUUCAGACAACAGUAUUUUGCAUACUGCUAUUUCUAUUUUUGCCAGUGAACAACGGGAAAUGGAAGAUUUAGUAGCUAAAGACAACAAGGCAGCUUUACUAUGAAUGUUGUAUUUCUGAAUAAUUUUGAGGCACGCUGUGCUUCCCAGGAGAGCUCCAGAAGAGCUUAAUUUCUAAAGACACAAAUGAGCUGAUUGUAAAAGAAGUGUGCAUAAUACAGAAUGUUUAAUAAUCAUCAUGUACAUAUAAGUAUAGGUUGUUUUACAGUCUAUUAUGUUCAUGUGGAUGUACAAAAUUGAUAUGCUUUGCCAUUAUAGUGGUUGCUUUCUUCAUUUGCUAAUUUUUUUUUUUAAUCUGUUCAGGAGAACGUUCUGAAAUGCUAAGUUUAGGAGCUUGGUUUGGGGAUCUUGGUUUUAGCUUCAUGUGACAGAAACAGUGCAUGGUUAUGGCAGUCUUUGUGGCAGCUUUGAUUUCAGUGACGUGAUAAUGAUACACAGCCACUAAAAAAUUCACAUGCUGAAUUCACUGCUAGCAUUGUCCUGGGGCUUUGCAGAAAAGGCUGCAUUUUUACAGCUUGUUGGUAAUUUCUAAUCAAAAUAUUUUUCCAAUGGAAAAUGCUAUUUUUCUUCAUAUCAAGAUGGUUUGAAAAGUUGUCAUUGCACACAUGAGGUAAAUUUAACUUCUGUGCUUUAUAAAUAGCACCAUACACUAAUGACAGCAUUACUGAGAAUGCUGAUCUGACCUGAAUAAUUACAAUGUCUUGGCAUUAGAGAACGUUGUCUCUAACCCAUAUCACAAGAACAGCAGCUUCUUUGUUUCCGUUCCUUACAAAUGCACAAUUCAGGCAUCACUGUACCAAAAGGCAGGAAGGAAACUGACACUUGGAUCCAUGGAUUCAAGGAGUAUUUUCAAAGGAAACAAACCUUACUUUAAUCAAUCAACUCUGUAGUAUCUACACCAAACCCAACACAUGAAAACGCAGUUUAGUGAACACUAGUUCUGGCAGAAGGGUUUGUGUUGCUUUGUUUGAACAACUAAAUUUAUCAGAAAGGCUCUGGUUGUUCAUCUUUAUGAAGUACAGAAAUUCAGCACAGAAGAAAAGACUUGUUGUGGCAUGGGGUGCUGAAAUUAAGCCUUACUUUUUCAUUUGAUUUACUUAAUAAAUAUGUUUUAGCUGAAAUAAAACAGCAACAAAGGUAGAACAGACAAUUUUCUCCAUAUUAAAAUUCUUAGCAAUAAUGCUAUCUUAAUUCAAAGUCUGCCAGCGUUUCCAUUACAAAAUGCUCUUGUGUUUAUAAUAUAGCAGCAUAACUUUGUUUUGGGAUAAAACCAACCACGCAAAUGUGGUGAAUUUCUAUCUCCUUUUCCCGAAGCCUCCUCCAUCUCUUGCCAAUCUUAACAAACAAAAUCCAGACGAUUUUUUCAAAGAUACAAAGCCUAAAUACUAACAAUAUGAAGGUAUCUGCAUUUCUAGUGCUUUAAUUCUAAAUGUCAGAUGUGUCUUCAUGAAGCUAAGCAUACAUUAUUUUUGAUUAUUUUGAUUAUAUUUUUGAUUAUUGCUCAAUAAUAGGAGCAUUUGUAACCUUAAACUUAUUUGCACGGAAAUAGUAAUUGAUCACAAGCCAAUGAGGUUCUACCCAGCGUAUGACCGUGCUCUGUCUGCCCUUCGGCAGCAAGGAGGAUUGCACAGCAGACCGUUACACAGGGACCCUCAGCCAAACUGUGUGUGCUCUCUGCAACCACUGCUAGCCACACUAAAAUCAAUUUUGUAGCUAAUGCUAAUGGCAAACUGGGAAUUUUGAGUUCCAGGGACAGGUGGGCUGUUGCAGUGUGCCACUGCUGUUGUCUCAGGAACGCAAUACCCAUUUGAGAGGGACUUGGCAAAAUGAAGGCAUGUGUCCUACACAGCAAAUGACAGAGACCCUCAGCAAGAGAAAGUCAGACCUCAGGCUAAAAAAUCAUCCCCCGAGGAGGCACAUGAUCAGCUCCUUAGUCAAUUAUCUAGAGAAAUUUAAGUUCCUGGACAACCCUGAGGUUAAGUAUUGGCCCAGAGUUAUGCUUUUUUGACAACUCUAGUUCUUUAGCAGAGGUGGUAAUUAAGGUACCUUUAAGGAUUAAUUUAAAAGCAUUCCAGAUGUUCCUGUGCAGCACCAUAAUUUGCAGGUACUUCCGGAUGAAUCCCAAAUCCACAUUUAAGUGCCCCUCCCGUUGAGUACUCAGACCGUCACUGAGAAAAUAAAAAAAGUAUUUCUCAGAGUUUAAAAUAAAGAUCAGUACGUUCCCCUCAGCCUAAAAAAGACCAGCUGUUUAUAGAUUUAAUUAUUUAAAUUAAGUGAUGAGAAGUUUAUCAUUAUUGAAAAUGUCACAUUGCUGCAGAAAAAAAAAAAUCAUCAGGGUAAGCUGUGUAACUACAGUGUUGUACGUGAGACUCCUGCAGCUCCUUGUGGCAACGGUUAAGUCCUUGGCUGGGGUACUUAAUUCAGGUUGACUGCUCUUCCUCUCAAAAGAGGGGGACAAAGCACAGCAGUGAGACCAGUCCAACGUCUAGAAUACAUGAUUUGUAAUGAAAAGGAGUGGAAGAACUGGAACGAUUUAGUCCAAGAAAAUCCCCCCAAAAUGUAUGGCAACCCUCUUCACAGAUGGAAAUAACAGUUAUGAACCCUCAUGUCAACAGUAAGGAUAGAGCUAUGAAUCUCCCUAGCUUCAAGAUUAGUGUUAGGGAUGAUUUCUGCCUAUCUGCAGGGGGACCAUACAGAUGACCUGCAAAGCUCCUGUCAAGACUUUUUUUCUAUGAUUUCAUGACAGCUGAGGUGGGCACUGUGGGGCAGGGAAGGUCUUUAAUUCUCAUUAUAUGUCACCUAUGAGCAGAGAAUCAACAUUUGAGAUUUUCUUCGUAAUCCAAUCGCAAGCUCUCUCAAGCCAAUCUUUAAAAGAAAAAAAAGUCCAUUUUAAAGGGUAUCAGAUAGCUACAAGAAUUUUAAGAAUCUGGUUCCCUUUCUCUCACUGCAAGUAAAUAUAACUUUAAGUAAGUGCAGCCGGUUGCAGUGCCAUGACGUGUUAAAUUUAGCAAUGUGACUAGAUGUAACCUCUCCAUUACUAAUCUCUGGUGCUCUUAGUUUGCAUAAACACUUUCAAGAGCAUGCAGCUCCUUCUUCCCUCCUCUGCCCUCAUCAUUUCUCUCCACCACAGCAAUGCCCCUACAAGAAGUAUUUGCUCUCCAAUCUGUACAUCCUAUGCAUUUUCUUGAGGAACAUUUGUCCUUUACGGUUUGCACCUUCCAGUGACUUGUUCUUGAUUCAGAAUGUACUUGCCACGUUUCAGACUGGAAAGUGUGUAUUUUAGUCCAAACCAGUUCAUGAAAUUGAGACAUUUGGCUCGUGUUGUUUAAAAAAAUAUGUAAAAGGGACAUAAAUAGUUAAAACUAAAUUAGGGAUAAAAUUUUGAGUACACAGAUCAGUUAUCUUUAGAAAUAGAAUAACAUUCCCCAUUCUGUUGAAUGUAACAGGUGUUUGCCACCUAAAAGAACAACAUCUGGAACCUCUUGAGAAGCUGAACAUUAGAUAGAAGGCACAAAAAGCCAAAGAUCUUCUGAAAAUUCUAGGUAGUAUGCAUAUGCAUUUACUAUGAUCUUAUAAAAAUUAUAUAUGAAAGAACUCUUGUUCAGAUGGAGAGUGACCCAUAGUCCGGCCAAAAUGCACCCAGCUUAAAUCAUGAGCGGGAGACACUGCGGGGCAGAGGAAGUUUAUAGCCUUGGCUAUAUGCUAAAGCAUAUAGCAUUUUCCCAGGGCAUUUUCUGGGGCCCCUGUGCUGAGUGCAGGUCAUCAGGGUCACCGUCUGCCCGCUCCUGCACCAGACAGAUUCACAGCGGGAAUAACGGGGCCGAGAGAAAUUUGUUACACUGCAUUCCCCUGCCUGGUACAGCAGCACGGAGCUGAUGAAAGGGGCUAAUAGAGAGUGGAGCAGAAAUAAUUUUUUUUCCAGCUUUAGAUCUGAUCUCCUACAGGUAACCUCAUUUAUGUCACCAGCAUAAGAACUAUUACUGUGAAAAACACUGACCUGAGAUCAGACAGUUCCCUGGUAUCAAAAACCUCUUAGUUCACAAAACCCUGCGUUAUACAGCAGUAACUCCCACUGACUUCAGUGAUGUACCUAAGGGCAGGAUUUCUCUCUGCUUAAUUUAGAGAUAAUCUAAAUACCUAGCAACAUUGAGAACACUUGGUAAAAUAUAGUUUCAGCUGAACAUUUAACAUAAAAGAUCAAAAUUCAUCAGCAUUAUUCUACAUAUAGACUGUUUAAGGUAAUAAGAUGCUAUUUUCCGUAUUUCUCUGUUUUUUUGUAGUGAAAUAUCUGUGAUCCCCAUUUGCAGCAUGCCUAUGUGUGUUAUAUGUAUUUGACAGACUUCACAAAUUAUAUGACUAUUAAUAUAUGUAUUUUUAAUGUUAUAUUUAUAGAUAGAGACUAACAGUCGUUUUACACUGAGCGCUUGGCAAGUAACAACUGCUGGAAUAUCAAAAGAAAAAGAAAAAAAAAGAUCCUCCCCAGGUCAUGCUGUCUAUAUAGAAAAACCUACAAAGUGGUAUUUUUUUUGGAUUGUAAUAUCCUCCUUUAUCUCCCAGUUAUUACUUCAGUUUUGAACAUACAAGGUCAACGUAUCUCAGUGCACAUGCACUAGCACAUGCUUCUGAGAGGAAGGAGAUGUGCCACUCUUCUCAUGAACCACUGCAAGAGGAUGACUUUCUCCCAGUGUCUGGGUGGGGGUGUGUGUGUGCGCACAUGUGUAUAUUUUUAGCUAAUAAGCACUACCUGAGUAAAUAUCAUGAUUAACGUUCCUUCUGAGAAGGGCCUGGCCGUGAAAGUUCUGUACAAUUUAAAGAAUCUGCAAAAUAAGAAAAAGGUUAUCAUAUCUCUGGUUUUAGAGAAACUAUCACCUGUAUAGACUUCCACAGGGGAGAACAGAGAGUAAAUGCAUGUGAUGAGUGUAGCUCCAUGAGCUGUGUGAGCGCACAUCUUGUUUGUUGCAAAUUAUUGUGUGACAGGUCUGUCAAGUUCAGGCCCACGACAAAUGAACAGGACAUAGCUGAAUAAAAGUUUUACUUAUUGAAUUAUAUUAUACUACAGGCUCUUUAUUUUAUGAGCUCUUGCAACUAUUUGACUCCCAAGGACGUAGCCAUCAUUCUCACAGUUGGCUAGCCAGCAACUGAAGGGAGGUGCCAUUCUGGCAUAUGCUGUAGCUUUGAGCUGGCAACAAUUCUUAGCGUUCACAAGAAUUAUGAGUAUUUUCAACACAAAAAGUAGAUACUGUCCAUAAUUCAGCCUUCAUUUCUGAAAGGAGGGAUUUUGCAUUUUGUUCUUCUCAUGCAAAAUUUGUCCCUGCUGAAAGACUCUUUGGGAAGUCAGAAUUAGGGAUGUGGAAGGGUAACGGGUCAGAACAGAUGCACCAUCAUCUACACCAUUGUUACCUACGUGAUGAAGUGUCUGUCGUGACUAGCCAGGUUUAGGAAAAAAGUCAGAAAAGGAGGAGAAUGUUUCCCCUUUCUAGCUAUGGGCCAGGUAGGAUUAACGGUGUAACAGUUCUUCUUUAUACAAGAGUACUGCAAACAAACGUCCUUGCUCUUCAGACACAAAGUUCACUUACAUUACACUACAUGAGCAUUAAAAAUCUCAAGCACAGAAUGGUACAUCAGUUGCUAACAAUGCACUUACGCAAAAUAAAUGAAUGCAAUCAGGAAAACAAAAUAUUAAACUUAUUUUGUGCUUAUCACAUACAAUCUUUGUAAAUUAGCAAUAGACCUUCAGGAAUCCAAACACAUAAAAAACCUGCAUACAUUUUAAAUGAAUUCCUUAUGCAUAUGAGGUUUUCUGUAAUUUUUUUUUGAGUUUCAUAUCUAGAUAAAAUAUUGCUCUGUGUUCAUGACAGGAAAGUUUUAUAUAAGGAAGUUGUAUUGGAUUAUGCUCAAAAUACAUGGUCCACGAAAUUGAAAAUGCUUGAAAAUGCAGAAAGACCUUCUGUGUUGGUAUUCUGAGGGACAGUCAAUAAGCCACAAAUUCGUUAUUUACGACUGAUAUAAACGAAAACACAAUUUUAAUUAAUUAUCCCUUUGUUUUCAUAUAAGCCAGGGAAUUCCUAUCUACUUUAACAUUUACUGCUUGAUGUAUUUUUAUGCCAUAAAAAACCCUGAUGAUUUUCUAUACUAGGAAAUGUGUAUUUCUGAAUGCAAACUAAUUGUCCUUUUGCAUUGUGUGCUGUAUAUAAGCUAAAACUUGAUGUAAAUAAUUCACCAAUAGAGUAUGUAGAAAAUCUUUUUAUCAAAGAAACGUUGACUGAAGAUCUGAAUGAAAUCUUGACCUUACUGAAAUCAAAAGGAACAGCUGCUGGAGUUCUGUGGAAACCAAGAUUUCGCUCUUGACGGCUCCCAUUUCACAGGCAUUAAUGACUAGCAACAGAUUGGAGUGGAGAUGCUUGGUGCUGUCCCGCACAACACCCACAUCAGCCACAGACACCGUCAACAAGCAGGUGCUGCUGUCAUUAUCUUAUGGCAUCCACAAGAACUGCGGACAUUGCACUGAGGGCAAUAUUUGAGGGAACAACACAAAAGUUAAACCUUGCUCUGACAAAAUUUUCUAUUGCAGAAGGUAGAGGAAGACAUAGCACUGAAGGGGGCUCCAGCCCUCAGAUCAGGAGGUGCCUGGCAAGAUCCAGGCUGAGCUGGCGGCAUUGAAAUUGUGUCGGUCUUUAGCCCUUUCUUGUUUUAAGUGUUACCCGAAAGCGUUUUACCUGCCAUUUCUUUGGGGUAGAACUGAGUGUUUGGGACACUCUGGCUUUG